AUGAAUGCAUACCUGGAGGGGUUAAAUGAGAUCUCUAAUUUUAGAAAGUUAAAUUUGAAUAAUAUUGGAAUGGGAGACAUUCUUCGCCAUGGUAAUGACAUUGAAUAUUUGAAAAAGAAUUCUGAUCCCAAUGAUCCAUAUCAGUAAUAAGAUCAGCCACAGCAAAAUAAUUUCCAAAAUUAAUUCAAUCCUCCUGUUUAACCAGUUACUCAAUAAUAUCAAGGGUAAUCUUAAGCAAGAGAAACUCAGAAUGCUAACUAGAGAGGUACUGUAUAUGCUAAAAAUGAGGAUCCUCGCAGAAUGUCAGGUUAGUAAAAAAUGAGAUAGAGAAGGUAAGAUCCUUUAGAUUAGGCAAAUCUUCAAAGACCUGAUAUGAUGCCGAGAUAGAAGCCAAUAUAGCCUCCUAAAACGGAAUUUGAUGUAAUAAGGGAGAAUAUAAAAGCAAUUGAAGAUAAGAAGAAAUAAGAUAUUGAAAGAAGGAAAAAAGAAGCAAUGAAAAAACCUCCAUCUCCUUUUAAUUAUCCAAAAUAUGAUAACAAGGAUGAUGUUGGUAACUUAAAUGAUUUUGGAGCAGAUGGAGAUCAUAGAUAAAUAGCAGAGAAUAUUAUUCCUUAAAAUAACAUGUUUAACCCUGACAAUGAAAGAGAAUCACAAACUCGCUAGCCGAUGGCAAUGCCAGAUAGCAAUACAAUUAUGAACAAGAAUAAAGAGCUCACUUAAAAAUUACUGCAAGCUCAGAAAGAGAAUGCUAAAUAGGAAGUUUAGAUAGAAUAGCUAGUAAAUAAAGUAAAAGAUCUUGAUUAACUCAAGAAUAAAUUGAAGCAGACUCUUUUAGAUUAAAAUCAAAGAAAAUUAGAUGGAUUUGAAACAGAAAGAUCAUAUGAUUCAAGCCGACCUCUAAAUGGUUCAAUUAAGUUGCCAACAUUGUCGAUACAGAAAGAAAUGAAUUAGGCUUAAUCUAUGUUUGAUAGAGAUUUUUUUAAAAAUUCCCUUCUCGAAGAUCAGAUUAAUAUCAAAUUUUAUGGAGGGAAAAAGAAAAAAAGCUUAUGCAAGAAAUUAAUAGACUAUCUUCAGUUAUUAGCAGACAAAUAUCUCCCUCUAGCUAUGGAUCAACGAUAUGAUAAGUCAAUAGAGAGUUUUUACAUUUUCUUCAGAUAUCUAGUGGGACUAGCUAUUCUAAAAUUCUUCAUAUUUUUAGCAAUGUAGGGAUAUUACUUCUACUUGAAUUGGGACAUAAGAACUGAUUUAUGCAUAAAGGUAAUACCCUGUAUGAUGCUUUAUAGCAGGUAUCCCAAUGGUUAUGAACUAUUUUACUUAUUCACAUUGAUUGGAUUUUUGCUGCUCGUUUUUAUUUUCAAUAUGCGAACCUGGAUGAAAUUCGAUAUAAUGAUGAAGUGGGAUAAACUAAACGGUGAUUAGGAUUUUGUAGUUUCAAAAAUGUUUUUCAAUUCAUGGGAUUGGAGUGUAGAUAAUAUGAUCGAGAGAGAUGAGCAGAAAAAAGUUAAAUAAAGAGAAUUGAAAUUGACUGUAUAUGAGGAGAGAAUCAAGUAUAAAAUUAAGAAUAGGUCAAGAUCUGAUAAAUUGAAAUUGCUAUGUCGAAGAAUUACUACUUUCAUCAUUAGCUUCAUGAUUCUUUGCAUUGGUUGGACAGCAAUUGUUGGUGCAAAUCUUUAUGAAACAGAAAUCAUUGCCUAUUUUAAGGAGAUUAGUGCGAAUUUCAUACCCUCGUUAGUUGUGACCUUCGUAAAUAUUGUGAUCCCUACUGCUUUGCAAAAGGUUACUACCUAUGAAUAAUGGGACUUCGCAAAGGAUCUUAUAAAUCAGCAAAUAGUUAGACUAUAUUUAUCUAAGAUCCUCAACAUAAUAAUUGUGGCAGUUCUAAAUUAUGAACUUGCUUCAAAUAGCUAAUUCUUUAGAAGCUACACUCUCAUUAAAUUCUUCCCUGAGACAUAUGAUUGUAGAGAAGAUUAAGCUGGAUUCAAUAUUCUUUUAACUGAGUCAGUAGUGACGCCAUUGAUAUAUAUGAUUAAAGCUUUAGUAUUUUACAUUCUCUACAGAUGUAAGAGAAUACAAGCAUGGCGGAAAGAAUAUUAAGUUUCUUAAUCCAUUGUGUGGGUUAUUUACUAUCAAUCAAUCUAUUGGCUAUCUGUUGGGUUCUUUCCGUAUAUCACAUUAUUUAUGCCAUUGAUUCUGUAUCUAAUCUUCAAAAUCUUUUAUCUUGAUAUGAAAUAUUUCAAGACAAAGCCAAGAUAAAGUUCAAAUAGCCAUUAAACUGGAUUUUUUAUCAUGAUUUUGUUGAAUGUUACUUUUAUUCUGAUUAUGAUUUAUUAUGGAUUUCUAUUUUACAUACCUAUGAAUCAUAGUAAUUAUGCUACAAACACAGCAAAGUAGUGCGGGAUGUUUGAAAGUCAAACUUAUAUGUUUUAUGAUGUUGAUAUUUUGUUGAGAACCAAUGGAGAUGCUCUCUAUUACGCACAUUAUGUGAUUUUAUUUUAUCCAAUUCUAUGGCUUAUCAUCAUGAUAUUUAUUGCUGCUGUUAUAUUCAACCUAAAUCAUAUCAAGAUAUUAUAGCUUUCUUUGCUUGAGAGAUAAAAAGCUGAUUAGCUCUUAAUCGAAGAACUUUAGUAGAAACUCACUAGAUAUAAAAAGAAUAUGGAGCUAAAUAUGUUAAUGUGA